CCUCUCCCGCCGCGCUCCCUCCGCCCCGCUCCCCCGCCCCCUCCUCCGGCAGCUCCCCGCUCGCUGGCUCCUUCCCUGCCUCCCUCCCGCCGCUCCCCGCUGCGCAGAGCGCCGCGCCGGCGGGGUUAUGGAGAGCCAGCGCUGCUUCGCCAACCGCUUCGAUGACUACCCGGGCAGCCCGGAGGCGGCGCCGGACAAGGAGGCGGCGGUGCCGCUAGUGACGGCCACCAUCGAACGGAUCCUACGGGAGCUGCCGCCCCUGGGCGGCCCCCGCGGCUGCCAGGGCGGGCUGUACGGCGGCGUGGCCGGCGUGGCCUACAUGCUGUACCACGUCGCGCAGUGCCCUCUGUUCGCGCCGUCGCGGGAGGCCUACCUGCGAGCGGCUCGCCGCGUCGUGGACGCCUGCCUGCGCUACCAGGAGGGCAGCGGCGAGGCCGACGCUGACACCCGCGCCGCCUUCCUGCUGGGGGGCGCCGGGGUGUACGCGGUGGCGGCACUGGUCUACAGAGCUCUGGGGCUGCCCGACUUCGCCCGGCCGCUGGGCAAGUUCCGGGAGCUCAGUGAGGUCUGCGCCCCGCUCUCCUUCCUCGAGUGCGGCUCGGACGAGCUCUUCGUCGGCCGCGCCGGGUACUUGUGCGCUGCCCUGGUGCUGAAACAGCGGCUGGGCAUGGAGGUGCUGACCCCAGCACAAAUAAAAUCAAUUUGCCUGGCCAUACUAGAAUCGGGAAAGCAGUAUGCAGUGAAGAAGCGGAAACCAUUCCCUCUCAUGUAUUCGUACUAUGGAACGGAGUACCUUGGUGCAGCUCAUGGGCUUUCAUCAAUCCUUCAGAUGUUACUUUCCUAUUAUGAGUACCUGCAGCCAGCAGAUCAGGAACUUGUGUGGCAGAGUGUUGAUUUUCUUAUGGACCAAGAACAGAAUAGCAACUGGCCUCCUGAGCUGGGAGAGACAAUCGAGCGGGAAAAUGAGCUUGUGCACUGGUGUCAUGGAGCUCCAGGCAUUGCAUACCUGUUUGCCAAAGCUUACCUGGUUUCCAAGAAGCCUCAAUAUCUGGACACUUGUAUCCGCUGUGGAGAGCUAACUUGGCAGAAAGGCCUGUUGAAGAAGGGACCUGGAAUAUGUCAUGGAGUGGCUGGUAGUGCUUACGUGUUCCUGCUGCUCUAUAGGCUCACUGGAAACUCAAAAUACAUAUACAGGGCACAAAGGUUUGCAGAAUUCUUGUUUACAGAAGAAUUUAAGGCUGGUUCCCGGGCAUUAGAAAGUGUAUAUAGUCUGUAUGAAGGUUUCUCAGGAACUGUGUGUUUCCUGACUGACUUGCUGCAACCCAACCAAGCCGAGUUUCCUCUCUUCAGUGUCUUUGUCUAGAGAGCAACAUUCUUGAGGGCCACAUCCUGGUGAGGAUGGGAGAGGACACCUGCAGUUUCACUUAUUUGUCAAGACAGGCUAUUACAAAACAAGCCAGUGGUACCACUAAUGCUAGCCUUAACAUAGCUGGGAGUCAGGUGAAAAAGAAACUACACUGGGGUUUUGGGAGGGAAGUGUGUGGUCAAAAAAAAUAGGAUAGUGAAAAAAAAAAAGGGGGGGGGGGGAAGUGACUGAAUCUGAUGUGGUAAAUAUUUCACUGUAGUAACAAGCAAAAUCUAAUUACUCAAGUGAGAGAGAAAAGGGCAUUCUCAAACUCUUAACUUGGUGGUUAUGCUGGGUUUAAAAAAAAAAAAAAAAGGCGAGCUAGGAUUACAGGGAUAUGCAAAGAAGAAACAGUGAUGCAUCCAAUAGGUUUUAAAAAGAGACUUGCAAAAAACUUCAUGCAGCAAUGCACUUAUUGGAGAGGGUGUCAUAGACAUGUCACUACACUGCACAAAGGCAAAAUCUGGGAUUUUUUACCUAAACCACAUCUACUAGUUCUAGUAACAUGUAUUAGAAAUACUUGUAUCCUGGAGCUCUUUUGUCUUCAUGUGCGUAUAAUGAUGUUUAUGUAGAUAGCUGUAUAUUUAGCCUGCAGUUUCACAGGUUCAUUUUAGCUAGUGGGGUUUCAUGUGUGUAAAUGAGAACUUAAUGUGACCCUUCCUUUCAGAGCUCAGUCUACCAUGAGGAGCUGGUCUCCUAACUGAUUCACUGUGUCACUUUUGUCAAUACUUUCCCUGUCACAGGGAAGAUGAAUGGAGCCAUUGAAAAGACUUGGAUUGAAAAGUUCUAUAGCAAAGAUACAACAGGCAGAUGCUUUUUUCAUGGUACAACAUUACUAGAUAAGUAUUGUUCAGUGGUAUAAAAAAAAUCCUUUAAAAAUUAAUUACUUACAACGGCAUUCCUGAUCAAUAACAUACAUAUUUUAGAGAAUGGAAAAUCUGUUUUCCCUGAUGAAUUGUUCACUACAAUCCUGCAAACUGAAUGCAAAGCUUGGGUGGCAUACUGGUCUUAAAACCCCCGAUAAUGAAUUUCAAAUUUUCUUCUUUUCCUGAUCAACCAAAUAAUGUGUAUGCCCAAAUGAUUUGCAGCUAUGGAAAUAAAUGGGUUGCUCAAUACUAGUUGCACUAGCACUUAAUGUUGCAAUUAUAUGCUGUUUUAUAUGUAUUAUAUAUAUGACAUGGUACUUGUAAACUAAAGAAAACACUAACAUAGGUUUGUACUAAAACCUAUAAAAUCAAUAUCCAUAUUUAAAGUAUAUUUAAUAUUUAUUUAUUUAUUUUUAUGGGAAUAAUGUAAUGCAAUUACCUUUAAAGACAGAUUGGGAAGACCAGAAUGUCGAAAGGUGGAAUUAGGGUGAAAAAUGUAUCAUGCAUGCACUGCCAAACAAUGCAGUCUCUCUUCUUGCAUUCUCAGCUGGAGAAUAUUACAAUUCUUUUAUUUUUGAUGGCUAGUGGAUAAAGUUCCCAUUUAAUUUUGGUAUUCCUUGAUCAGGCUGUACGUUGGAGCCAGGUCUGACAAUCCUUCCACAUUUUAAUAGAGUAAUCUCAUUCCUAAUCUUGCCACUUAUUUUAAUGUCUUGCAUUAUUAUGAGCUGCAGAUUACAACUUCUGUUUUGUCUUGCACUGUGCAGCUCUAAUUAGUUAGUCAAAGAAGUAACCAUAUUUCAUUAGUGAAUAAAGCAAUGCAGCUCAGUAUCAGUUUGUCAAGAACUAUGGGAUUUUUUGGUGAAUGGAAAUGUUAAAAUUCAAUGUAGAGUUGCUAUGUGUUUACAUAAUUGUGAGAUAAAAGGUCUUCUAAGCAAGCCGUUGAUGUCACUUUGUUACUCUGAGCAGUGAGAUGUGUACACAUAGGAGCUACACCAGCCCCAGGAGGUAUACAUGUGAGGCUAAAUCAAAAAGUCAGUGGAGAUGCGCAUGUCCUCUGCCCAGCCCUGCUGCAGUGCUCCUGUUAGAUCAAAGUCAAUUGUCAGUAGUGGAGACUGUAAACCCAUUAGGAUUUUUAUCUAGUUGCUUCCUGUAAUGCAUGUGUCUCAUAUAUUUCAUAACAUGAAUCGUUUUAAAGAAAUGUUUAAGGAAGGUAAAACUGGGCCUAUUCACUUUUCCCCUGUGCUAAAUAGCUUUUCAGUCUCAAUUUUUAUUGGGAGGUAAUGUCACUCAGCUAAAACAUGUAAGAAACAGCAUUUGUGCUAUAGCAUUUCAAUAGCUACUGUAACCGUAUCCUAUCUUAUUGUAAUACAGAGAACUAGCUUUUGCCAUGAUCUAAACUCAAGCUGUUGCAAUCUGCGUAUAUUGGCAAUCCUUUUAUUUAGAGAUACAAGCAUAAACCAAAAACAUCUAGCAUUUUGAUAACUACACCCUCAAAAAACACAACCAACUCCAGACUUAAGCCUUAACACAAUCUACAUAUAUCAGAACAGUAAUCAUGACCUUUUGAUUUUGUACUCGGUGCUUACAUUUUAAUUAUCAGUGGGCCACGACAUUUAAUUGUGUCCAGUUAGUUAUUUCUCAGGAAAUGCUUGAAGAAAAUCUUUGCCAAAACCUCAGUAAA